AUGCCGUCUGCCGUGGCGCGACGGUUGUUUGAGGACCAAAUCCCCUCCAUAAUGUCUGUCUAUGAGGUGGACAGUGGCAUCGACAUGGACCAGUCGAAUUCUGUCACAAUUGUCGACCCGAAGUUGGUCAUGGAGGACGCAAAGCUACCCGCCGAUUCACAACCAGGGUUGAGACCCGGUUCAUUGCCCUCAGAAGCCGCUCACAGGCACAAUGACAGCACAUCAACACACAUGACCGAGUCAGCCGACUCAUCCCCGACGACGACAGUAUCGAUUACAGAUUCAUCAGAUCUUUCCGACCCCUCUCCGUCUUCGUCCCCUGAUUCCCCCGUAAAUAUUGCCCAGCUUCCGAGUUUUGCUGCGGCGUCGCUCGGGCGCUUGUCCGGCAUGGCCAGUCUCACGGUCUCCGACCCAAACCAGGAUCGGCCGAGGACAUCACCAGGGCCCAGGCGGCUCAAGAACAUGAAAGGACUCUCCAUCCAGCCGCCCAUGAGUUCACUUUCCUCAUCGUUGCUGUCUGAGCCUUCUUCGCCCUCUUUUAUCAAGCCUAUGAUCGCUCCCAUGAAGCGCAAACCCAGUCAGCUCAGCCUCAAAACGAACUCUUCAGACCUGAUAGCGCGCACGACAGUCGAGGUGCCCCACUCUCCCACCGUCGCUCCCAUCCUGCAACGUCGCGCUCUGAAACACUCGGCAUCAACCCCUCAGAUGCUGUCGGGUCUGAAAUCGGCGACAUUCGGCCCACCUGAGGGCAUGACGUUUCCGACCGUGAUGGAGCGAAAUGAGUCGGGCCUCUCGACUUUUUUCCGCCCACCCCGGCCAGCCGAUGCCCCUGCGCUGGGCCCAACAAUCCAGGAAGAAGAUUCGCCGAUACGACCACAGGUGGCGAAUCGCAUUGCGUUUGACAGCGAGCCCUACCAUGAAGUUGAGAACAAUGAGGACCAGAAAUCGCCCGGGUAUCCAGAUGGGCCUAUCGCGAUCUACAGCGACAAUGUUUAUCUUUAUCUUGAGCCGACUGCUGAAGAGGCGGCCCGCUUCGAUGUGGUUAUCAACGUGGCGCGCGAAGUGAGCAAUCCUUUCAAGGCUGCCUCAAAUCGCCAGCAAAGUCUAGAGUCCAAGGAGAAACCUGCUGAAGACUCUCCGAUUCCGGAGACUGCGGCGACAACGGCGAGUUAUGCCACCGCGUUUGAAUACUUUCCUGACGACGCCUCAGGCGAUACGCCAACAACGCCCAGGGCACAACCUUUCAAGGAGCCCGAGUACAUCCACAUUCCAUGGGACCACAACACGGAUAUUGCGCGGGACCUCAUGACUCUUUGCGAAACAAUCGACAAGCGAACGAAGGAGGGGAAGAAGGUGCUGGUACAUUGUCAACAGGGCGCCAGCAGAUCGGCGAGUCUAAUCAUUGCCUACGGCCUCUAUCAGAACCCCGAGCUAAGCGUCAACGACGCCUACUACGCGGCUCAGGCCAAGAGUCGGUGGAUCAGUCCCAACAUGAAACUGAUGUACUGCUUGCAGGAUUUCCAGAAGGAGGUCGCUAAGAGGAGGCUCGCACCAAGCGCGGGGCUGAAGCCGCGCUCAGGAAGAAGCCCGACAAAACACAGGGCGACCAUGUCAGCGGACAACAUUGAGGUGGCAGCUAAGGAACCCCUUACCGCCCCGCUCCCGGCUGACGGUGUGGCUUCGAAACAUGUGAGUCCCGAGAGGAGUCCUAACCGGGCAAGAGGAAACUCGACUCCUAACCGGGGAGAGCCGAUCUCACCGGGCCCUUCAUCCGCUCCAUCGAGUUUCUCAUGGUCAGAGAAGGAGGAUGAGUCGGACCCAGGGAAAUUUGGCCGCUUUAAUAUCGAUUCCAUGCUUGCCCCCAAGCGAGGCGAUUGCGGGCCGUCCAUUUCGGUGUCGAAACCUCCACCCUCGCCGGGGCUCGGUUCUUUUACCUUGUCAAAGCCACCGCGGUCGCCAAAGCUUGCGCCUCCACUUCUAUCGAGACGGCCGCCAUCCCCAGGACUCGUCCCGCUUGAGCUAUCCCGGCCACCAAUGUCUCCUGGUUUUCCGCCGUCAAAUCCGUUUGCGAGGCCACCUCCUUCGCCAGGGUUUGGUGCGCACAGGUUCGGCUCCAAGCCGGCCAGCCUUGGCUUUGGGUCGCUGAACCUCGGCCCCCCGCCGAAACCGGCAGCCACGAAGGAAGAGCCCGCGCCCGCCCAAGAGCGGCCGGUGGCGAUGCUGCCGAGCUUCCCCGACGACGCGGCUCUGCUGUCGCCGCGCGCCGAGACCAUGACUAACAACCCGAUCCAUCAGUCGCUGUCGGGCAUGACGGGCAUGCAGUUUGUCGAGGUGCCGCCGACGCCGAGCGACGGCCUCUUCUCGCCGCGCGAAACCAUGUUCCCGCGCGACCCCUUCUUUCCGUUUGGGAGGCCGAUCCAGACGGCCGACCCGCGCAGUCCGCCUACUAAGGGGGAGACGCCGAUUGUACGGUCGAUUGACGAACUGAUUUGA